AUGGGAAGGCGUAAUUCUGAGAAUAAUGAUCGUCGAACUGAACAAUUCCGUAAACUGUUCAUAGGAGGCUUGACACCCCUCACCACAGAGGCCAAGUUGAAGGACUUUUAUUCACAAUGGGGAGAAAUUGUCGAUGUUGUGGUGAUGAAAGAUAGCCGUACAAACCGCUCAAGAGGCUUCGGCUUCAUAACCUACAAGGAGCCCGAGAUGGUUGAUGCUGCUCAAGCUAACAGACCGCAUGAAAUCGAUGGCAAAACAGUCGAAGCUAAGCGAGCAAUGCCACGUGAAGAUUCGAACAGUCCUGAGUCUCAUAUGACAGUCACGAAACUCUUUGUGGGUGGCCUGAAGAAGGAUGUGACGCAUGAAGAACUGCGUGAAUACUUCAGCAAAUACGGCAAUAUCACCGAGUGCGAAGUAGUUGCUUGGAAGGAGACGGGCGAAUCACGUGGCUUCGGCUUCGUCACCUUUGAUGACUACGAUCCUGUUGACAAGGCUAUAUUAUACAAGCCUCAUCACAUCGGCUCCAGCAGAGCAGACGUCAAGAAAGCCCUCAGUAAGGAACAAAUCAACACAAUGAAAAAGAAACAGGAGUCCAGGAACGACUACAAUAACAACUAUGGUGGUGGCGGUGGUUAUGGCCCAAUGGGUGGUGGCUAUGGCGGAUAUGACGGAGGAUAUGGAGGCUCAUACGGAGGUGGUCCUUAUGGUGGCUACGGUUCAAAUGGUGGAGGUGGUGGUACCUACGGCGGAGGUUAUGGAGGUGGUUGGGGUCCGAAUCACAUGAACGGAGAUGGCCCGGGCUGGGGUCAAGGAGGGAUGGGUGAUGGGUUCGGUCACUACGGGAACCAACAGAACUACGCCGGCGGUCCAAUGCGGGGUGGUCCACCAGGAGGUUACCAACGGAAUGCUCCCUACGGAGGGGGGUAUGGCCGUCGUUAA